CGGGACGGCCCGGCCCGGCCAUGACCCUGCGGCGGCGGCGGCGGCGGCGGCUCCGGCCGAAGGACGAUGCGGCACCGGCGGUGGCCCCGGAGAGCCCCGGGCCCGCCGAGCUGUACCGAGCGCUGGCGGCGGCCGGCGGGACCCUGCCCCGUGUGCGCAAGGACACAGGGUUCAAGUGGGCAUCCCCGAGCCAGUCCCCGGAGGAGCACAGGAGGGUGGUGAUGCUGGAGAAGAAGGCAGACGAGUCCUUCGGCUUCGAGAUCCAGACCUACGGGCUGCACCACCAGGACAGGAACAGCGUGGAGAUGUUCACCUUCGUGUGCCGCGUGCACGACGGGAGCCCGGCCGAGGCCGCGGGGCUCAAGGCUGGGGACACCAUCACGGGGGUGAAUGGGCUGAACGUGGAGGGAAUCCGGCACCGGGAGAUCGUGGAGAUCAUCAAGAGCUCGGGCAACGUUCUCCGGCUCGACACACUCUAUGGCACGUCCAUCAGGAGGGCCGAGCUGGAGGCCCGGCUGCAGUACCUGAAGGUGUGGUGGCCAAGGACCCCAGCAUCUACGACACGCUGGAGUCCAUCCGCUGGUGCCUGCAGGGGGAGGGACUGCCGGGGGGCUCCUCCCGUGCCAGCGGCAGCGAUGACUCCCUGUACCAGACCUGCGUCUUCGCCUCCUCCAGCUCCCUGGACGGGGACAAGGACAAGGAUGAGGACAGCGGGGGUCCCGCGCCCCCCCCACCGCGCCCCCGACCCGCCCUGGGUCGCAGCGCCAGCCUCAAGUGUGCGGGGGGCCCGGGGGCUGCGGGGAGGCUUUGGGCCCGGGCCGGGGACCCCGGGGACGGAGCCGCCGCCCCCCGCAAGAACCGACACAGCAGCUUCCGCCAGCGGCUGCUCAAGUUCAUCCCGGGUCUCAACCGGGCGCUGGAGGAGGAGGAGAGUCACCUCUAACCCCCGGCCCCCCAGGACUAUUUAUUUAUUUAUUGCAAGGGGCUUCAUUUCCCCGCGCCCCCCUCCCUGGGGCUGCAGGAAGGAGGUUUGGGUUGGCCCCCCCGGGCCGUGGGGAUCGCGGCGCUGAGGGACGGACACAGCACCAAGGGACAGACGUGAGGAGCCUCCUGAAGCGGCUCACGGAGCUCUGGGGAGCGGGGCCGUUCCUCCCUGAAGGGGAGCACCGGGGGAGCCCCGCAUUUCCCAGGCUGGGGGGCCCGUGGGGGUCCCACCCCUGCCCUGCCCCCCCGGGCUGUUGUGCACACCAGCACUCGCCAAUACAGAGAGGAUUUGCAGCGA